AUGUCAUUAAUAAGUAAAGCGAAUCGUCUUGGAGGGUUCUCAAGCGAUGUGAAGCAUUGGGAGUACGAAUGGACGUCUACAGCUAAGCAAAAUGAGAAUGGAACGGAUGAUAAGGUAAAAUACAAGUUCAAGGAAUGGGUGAAACAGGAGAAUGCUGUUGUAGAUAUGGAAGAAGACGAUUCUGACGUGUUGAACUUGGAUGAAUUCGAUAGAACGAAGAUAGCGAAGAAACAUGUCCGCACACAGGAGAACGGGGGGCCAGAAUCGCUAUCUAUCAACGAUAUACGAGGGGCUGUUGGGGGUUCUGACAUUCCUGGGUUCUCUAGCUCGGACGCGAAGAAGGAAGCGGAGGCUAAGCAAGAGGCCAAAUCUGAGACAAAGGAGGAAUCAAAAGAGGAAUCAAAAGAGGAAUCAAAAGAGGAAUCAAAAGAGGAAUCAAAAGAAGAACCAAAGGAUGAAUCUACCAAGGAGGAAUCUACCAAGGAGGAAUCGAAAGAUGAGCCCACCAAGGAUGAAGAAGGUGAUGUUAAUAUGGAGUAG